GGCUAGAAAUGGGAGACUGGGAAUUCUAGUCCUGCUCUAGGCACAAAGCCAGCUGGGUGACCACCUCAGCUCUAGGAAGGAGGCCAUGGCAAACCACUUCCAAAAUCUUGCCAACAAAACUUCAAGGGACUAGUCCAGGCAGUCACUAGAAAUCAACCAAGACUCGAAGAUAAAUAAACUUAGAUGAAUUCUACCGGAAUAAUUAUGAUUGGCCAUUUUCCCUCAAAUUCCCUCGUGUUUAUUUAGAUGGGAACAUAACACCUUGCAGACUAAGCACCUUCCUCUUUUUCCUAAAGGCCGCCCGUCUCACCUGUAUCUACGUGCAUAGGGAAGGGCGCUCAAAACCUGCACGGAGCCCUUCAGCCGGCAUGCCUGCUUUAAAAGCAGUUGUGUGGAAACAACAAGAGUUGCGAGUGGUGGGGUUGAAAAUUAGCUGCCUGAGUUCCUGCCCUGUGGCUCCGGCAUCAGGUCGUUUUAUUCCUCUGAGAUAAGCAAAGAGAGAACUGAGCUGACGCAACGCAAGAUCUAAUGACCAGGGAGGAGCGGUGUUGCUUACCUGCCAAAGGAUUGUAAUUUCAGAUUAAACGCAGAGGAGAAACGGGAGGCUCUUGGCAAUCGAAUGCUUUUCGACGCGUUUUUGGAUUUUAUUUUUGAAGCCACCGAGCGAUGAAGGGCGGGUGGAAACCCAGCCCUGCACGAUUUCUGAUCCUCGCCGGCCUCUUGAGCGCCGUCCGGGCUCUCCCCAUCAAAGCCAACGUGAGUUUAGUCUACUUCAACACUUUCAACCGAACCUCGACCAACAACAGGUGCGAGUGCGGCAUGUUCGGCGUGCAUUCUCCCGUGACGGAGGCUCGUGGGCUGGUGGUGCUUUCCAAUUCUUCCAAGUUCCAAGCUUGCACGUGGGAUACGCAUUUCGCCCCCGCGGUGUCGCCCUGGAUUGCCCUCGUCGCAAGAGGCAACUGCACCUUCACGGAGAAGAUUAAGCGGGCGGCCAGACUGGGCGCGGCGGCCGUGGUCAUCUAUAACUACGCAAAGCACGGCAACAAUACCAUCCACAUGGCACAUCCCGGUACGGGAAACACCGUGGCCAUCAUGAUCAGCUACGCCAAAGGCCGAGAAAUCCUUCAAAAGAUCGAAAGGGGCUACCAGGUCACCAUGGCUAUCGAAGUAGGCAAAAAGCACGGGUCGUGGAUGAAUAAUUACUCCAUUUUCUUCGUCUCGGUGUCCUUCUUCAUCGUCACGGCUGCCACGGUGGGAUACUUCAUAUUUUAUUCCGCUAGAAGGCUUCGGGUUGCGAGGGCCCAGAACAGGAGACAGAGACGGCUGAAAGCGGACGCCAGGAAAGCGAUUGGACAGCUGCAGCUGCGCACGUUAAAACAGGGAGACGAGGAAACCGGACCCGAUGCAGACAGCUGCGCGGUGUGCAUUGAAGCCUACAAACCAAAUGAUGUCGUCCGAAUUUUAACCUGCAACCAUCUGUUUCACAAGAGCUGUAUUGAUCCUUGGCUGCUGGAGCAUAGGACCUGCCCCAUGUGUAAAUGUGACAUACUCAAGGCUUUGGGAAUUGAGGUGGACAUAGAAGAGCGAGGAGAAGCUACUCAAGCCCCCACAGCAUCCAGUGAAGCCUCUAACGUCGUUUCGGCUAAUGAAGAAGAUAAUCACAGCGAGACUGCCUCAUCAGGGUACGCUUCCGUGCAGGGAACCGACGAACCGGCUCCGGAGGAGCGUGUUACUCCAGAGAGUGACCAUCUCCGUCUUGUCAACGCUUCACAGACCCCGGAUGUGGAGACGCUGCCCCAUCUUGACAAUCCCGCCUUCGAAGGGGACGAAACCCCAGAGCAGCCGGCGAAAUCCUAGGUGCUGUUGGCGCAAGACUGCAGUUCGCUUGAGACACCAGCAUCCCACUGCGAUGACACCGCUAAGACUGAUGUAGCAGCAAUGUUCCCUUGAGACACCCACCCCCCACCCCCUCA